AUGUCAAGCAUAGUCUCCAAAGAUCGAUUCAGGGGAGUGAAAGGAUGCCGAAAGGAUGCCCUGACUUGCCCAUCCAAUAAGAUCCUCAAGAGUGAAGUUGUGACUGCUGGCUUGUGCCGGGUUGAGAAGCUGGUCAGUAAAAAACCAAAUAAUCAACUUCGCAUCUACCGGCAGUGCUUACGUCUGAUAAAUUAUUGGGCACGUGUCUUUGCUGGUGAUCCGACAAAUCUAGCUCAGAUGCUCCGGUUCAUGGGUCCAUCGUUUACGCUAAGAACUGAUCUUCAACGGAAUGGUUUAGGGCGGCGUCGUGACUUGUGGAGCGAGCCAUUCGACCGAAAGUACAUGUUCGUUGCGAAGUUUUUGGCCGAGAGUUCAAGGGUCUGUCUGUCUUGA